AGCUUGUCACGCUUCGUUGCCGCCCUACGCAAGCACACACCAUAAAACCACUCGCGAUGACCUCCCGACGGCCAGCGCUCCGUCUCUGGGCGCAGUGCAAAGCACGCAGUCAAUUGAGCAGUACGCGGGCCGUCAACGUCAGUCCGAUUUCCCGCAGGGCCUUGUCGAGCUCGUCAGGCGCCGGAGCUUCCGAUCAAACAUCCACCUCGCUGGGGAGGUACUUGGGCUGGGCCGUUGUUGGACUGUUCGCCACGGCGUCUCUCACGUACAAGAUGACCAUCAACGAGCCGCUGAAGAUGGACACCGCGACCCUCGCCGAGCGCGACCAACGAUUGAAGACGGAGCAGGGCGUCUCGGAUGUCUCGCCCAUGCGCCUCCGCAUGGAGAAGUUCGUGAAGGAGCAGCAGAGAGCGAUCGUGCGGGCGCUGGAAGAGGUGGACGGGACGUCGUUCCGGGUAGACGAGUGGCAGCGCAAGGAGGGCGGCGGCGGCAUCACUUGUGUGCUUCAGGAUGGCAAAGUCUUUGAGAAGGCCGGCGUCGGAGUCAGUGUCGUAUACGGCACGCUGCCUAAGCCGGCCAUCCUGAAGAUGCGGGCGAACCACAAGAACAUUGCGGACGAAAACAACAUCCCCGACAGCCUCGAGUUCUUCGCUGCCGGGCUCAGCAUGAUCGUACACCCCAAGAAUCCCAUGGCGCCGACGGUUCACCUUAAUUACCGAUACUUUGAAACGGCCAACCCGGACGGCUCGCCGGGCGCCUGGUGGUUUGGCGGCGGUUGCGACCUGACGCCGUGCUACCUCUUUGACGAGGACGCCGUGCAGUUCCACAGGUCGCUGAAGGAGGUAUGCGACAAGCACAACAAGGACUACUAUCCGCGGUUCAAGAAGUGGUGCGACGAGUACUUCUACAACAAGCACCGCGGCGAGGCGCGGGGCGUCGGCGGCAUCUUCUUUGACGACCUCGACGAGACGGUCUCGGACAAGGAGAACCUGUUCGCCUUCGUCCGCGACGCGCUCGAGUCCUUCGUGCCGACAUACAUCCCCAUCGUGAACAGGCGCAAGGACAUGGCGUUCACGGAGCAGGAGAAGGAGUGGCAGCAGAUCCGCCGGGGCCGAUAUGUCGAGUUCAACCUGGUGCAUGACCGGGGGACCGCCUUUGGCCUGAAUACGCCCGGCGCGAGGGUGGAGAGCAUCCUGAUGAGCUUGCCCCUGACCGCGAGCUGGAAGUACAUGCACGAGCCGGAGCCGAAGAGCAGGGAGGCGCGGCUGGUUGAGGUGUUGCAGAACCCCAAGGAGUGGGUAUAAAAACCGAGCUUGUGUCAUCUCCGACGAGAACGCAAUGUAUUGUAAGCUGUAACUCAUGUCCAUGUCCACGAAUCUACAUCGUAAUAGGUACGGAGUAUUUC